UAAACCGGCCAUGUCAGGGCCUCCUAACCAUCCGCCUCUCCUCUUUCCUUGCCUCUCCCUUAACGGCACGGGUUCUCAACUCGUCCCCCCCGACCAUGGCGUCCACCAGGCAUGCGACCCCAGCCAUCACUCCCUCUCAUAGUUUACACGCAAAGGCAUCCGAAAGUGCACUCCCUCCUGUUCGUCCUCGCGCGCCCGCUCCUCCGCCGCUCAGUCGCGCGCGCGCGAUUGCUCUCGUUGCAACAUGUACCACUGCCAUGGUCGUUAAUGUGUCCAACUCGACCGCAAUAUCUAUUUCUCUCCCAAUGAUCGGUCGAGACAUAAGUAUCCCAGAAGAUCAGUUACAAUGGCUCUUGUCGGCGUACGCCUUAUCAUCUGGUUGUCUUUUGCUGUUCUUCGGGCGUCUUGCAGACUUGCACGGCAGGAAGAAGGCUUUUAUCAUUGGCAUGUUGACACAGCUGGUCUUCGCGCUGGGUUGCGGUUUCGCAAAAAGUGGGAUCACUCUGGACGUCCUUCGUGGGUUUCAGGGGCUGGGUGCGGCCGCUGCAAUACCCUCCGCACUUGGUUGCUUGGCACACUCAUUCCCUCCGUCUCGGGCGCGUACGUUGGCAUUCUCCACCUUCGCUGCCGGCGCUCCCGUCGGAGGUGCGUUCGGUAUCAUUAUCGGUGGCGUCGUGACACAGCUUGCCGAUGAACAUUGGAGGGGGACUUUCUUCCUGGCCGCCGGACUCUCUGCACUCACCCUCUGUGGCGGUGCCUUAACCAUGCCUCCAGAUAAGGUGGACCUUGAGGCGGACAGACGCGUCGACUGGAUUGGUGCUGCAUUAGUCACCGCGGGUCUGGUUUUGAUCGUCUUCGUCCUUGGGCAAGGUGAAAUUGCACCACAGCGCUGGAGGACUCCAUAUAUCAUCGCCAGCCUUAUCAUUGGAGUGUUGCUCGUUGCAGCCUUCCUUGCUUGGGAACAUCACCUGGAAAAGGCACUUGACGAUCCUAAUCGUCCCAAAUCCAUAUGGACACCCCCGCCCCUCAUGAAACUGUCUCUUUGGGCACGCGCCAAUGGGCGCGUGGCAGUAGUCCUUGCCAUAGCAUUCCUCAACUGGGCCGGUUUUUUGAGUUGGUCACUUUGGGCUCAGUUGUAUUACCAAAACUACCUCCAGCUCACGGCGAUCCACACAAUGGUUCGAUUCAUUCCCAUGUUUAUUACCGGAAUCCUGUGCAACUUCUUCGUUGCGCUCGUAGUUUCCAGACUGCCCCUCGUGAUCUUCGUUGUCUCCGGCACGCUGAUUACAGGAGGCGCGGCAAUGCUUUUUGCGCUCAUUAACCCAUCAGCGACGUACUGGGCCUUUGGGUUCCCAUCGACUGUACUCAUCGUGUUUGGUGCUGACUUUGUGUACUCCGCUGGAACCAUCUUCCUUGCCAAAAUCGCAAACCAUGGAGAGCACAGUGUCGUGGGAGCCUUAUUCCAGACCAUGACGCAGAUUGGCACAGCGUUUGGUCUAACAAUUACGACAAUCGUGUUCGACCGUGUCGUCAAUUCUGAAAGCGCAAAAAUGGGUGUAACAUUGAAUUUCGAGGGGUCGAAUGCACCACUUGCUGCAGACUUAAAGGGGUACAGGUCUGCCCAGUGGACGUCCGCGGCAUUCGCUCUCUUUGCCUCAAUUCUGGCCGCUCUCUUCCUUCGGGGCGUAGGCAUAGUUGGUCACGACAGGCGCAAAUCCCAGAGAGAUUCCGAAGAGACCAUCGCCGUUUUGCAUCACUCGCAGGAAACCGCACGGGAGGGUGCACGGGAAAAACCUACUGCUGCAAAGAGCGAGGCUUAAUGCAAUCGCUGGAGGGACGACCUUCGUGCGCUGGAGUCGUGCACCCUGGACUUUAUUAUUUAUUGGAAGAAACUCAUGCAGGACCUUCGAUGGCCGCCGCCGGACCGGACUGCGAAUAUAUUGAAGGGUCUUGCAUCAUGGAGCAGCCACGUGGAUGUUUGUUUUGCACAUGAUGUGACAUGCCGUCGUGAUUUUCUCGCCUCGCCCCUUCCCCCCACUACUUUACUACUACACGAGCCCAGACGAACGGACUACUACUAUUUUUAUUUGUUGGACCUGCAGCGGACACGUAGUCUA